UAUUGAAAUGUCAUUAUCGAUGUUAUCAAAAAGAAUAAAUAACUUUUGUAGUCAUUGUAUUUCAGAUUUAUAUAAAAGAUAAUAUUGUAUAAAUUAUAGGCGUUGACACAUAAUGAUGAAUGCUGCUAUAUAUUGAGAUAAUUGUUUCACACUUUCUCACUUGGGUCAGUGUUGAUCAGUGUAGUCAUGGCGUUUUUCCUAUUUCAAGUUUUAUACUCGUCGAUGAUUGUGACAAUUGUUGUGGGCAAUUCAUUAGGGGAUUUACAAAAGAGUUACGCAGAUUUAGUAAUAGGAUGCGCGAAGGAAUUUCCAAUAACUACAGAAGACAUCGCUCAAUUACAGAACAAGCAAUUACCUGACAAAGAAUCUGUGAAACGCCUCUUCGCUUGCGCGUACAAGAAGGCUGGAAUGAUGGAUGACGAAGGUAAAAUGUCCGUGGAAGGUGCUCUAGAAGUUAUAAACAAAUAUUUAGCUGACGAUCCCGACACUAUGAAGAAAGCGAUCGACUUUACUAACGCAUGCAGUACUGUAAAUGACGCAGAAGUCAGCGACGGAACCAAAGGCUGUGAUAGAGCUGCAUUAAUGUUCCGCUGUAGUAUUGAUAAAGCCGAUGAGUUCGAUAUAAAUCUUUGACACAAGAAACGAAGACAGCAGACGUAGUUUAAUAAGCAAAAUUAUUGUAAAAGUAAACUAUAUGUGCUAUUUUAAAAAGAAAUAUAUUAAACGUAAAUAAUA